AUGCAGACCUCAUUCUCCACCCUCAUCACGCUGUGCCUCGCCGCCAGCGCCAUCGCCGCCCCAGCGCACCUCUUCACGAAGCGCCAAUCCGUACCUGCAGCAUUCUGCGACCUCGCGCCCGGCAUCAGCAUACCCGGGCCUGCGACACGGGAGUUCCAGCAGGGAUUUGUCCCCUUACCCUUCCCAACGAAUGUGCCACAACCUCCGCACGAUGUGCGAGAGUCGGUCUGUCGCAAUGCCGGCGGCGAGCUGCGGGAUGUCCUCGGCCCCGCCGUGGAGAAGCGGCAAUCCGAAGGGCUUCCUGCAUUCUGCACAUUCGGGACGCCGAUCGACACGGCCGGGCCUGUGACGCGGCAGUUCCAGCAAGAUUGCACCUCGCGCGGGGGCACACUGCGCCAGGAGUGUUUCCGGGACGGCGGACGCGUGUUCUUUGCCAACCCGUUUGGGCGACAGCUCCCGCGUAAGCAGCGAGAGGAGGAAUGCCGCAACAACGGCGGCGAGAUGCGGGAUGUCCUAGGCCCCGCCGUGGCGAAGCGGCAAAUCGAAGAGCCUAUUGCAAUCUACAGAACCUCGUCGGGAAUCGACUCGCACGGGCCUGUGACGCGGGAGUUCGAACAGGUGUGCGAGGAGCGCGGGGGCAUGCUUCGCUGGGAGUGCUUCGCCGACGGCAAAGUCGUGUACUUUGGCUCCCCGUUUGGGCCACACCUCCCGGACAACCUGCGAGAUGAGCAAUGCCGCAACAGCGGCGGCGAGAUGCGGGAUGUCCUCGACUCCGCCGUGGAGAAGCGACAAGACGAUGAUAUGACGGAUGAGGGGGAGGACAGUUAGGAGGAGGAUGCGUAGGCGGUGGAGCUGGCUUGGGUUCAUGAAUUGUACACACAUGUUUUUUCUCUUUCGUUUCAAUGAAUAUCCAAG